AUGACGAUAUAUAAUAUGUACAUAUUUGAUCGUUAUGGUACUCUUCUAUAUUACGGAGAAUGGAAUAGAACUAAACAAGCUGGAAUGUCCAGGGAAGAGGAAGGUAAAUUAAUGUAUGGUAUGCUGUUUUCUAUAAAGUCAUUUGUUGCAAAAAUAUCACCAUUAGACCCAAAGGAUGGGUUCCUCCACUACAAGACUUCUAAGUAUACAUUACACUGUUUAGAGACUCCUUCAGGGUUAAAGUUUGUCAUGAACACUGAUAACCAAGCGCAGGGAGUUCGGGACUUAUUAAAGAAGAUUUAUUCUGAAAUUUAUGUGAAAUAUGCUAUCAGGAAUCCUUUGUGUGGUAUCGGAGAACCUAUCAACAGUGAAUUGUUCAAAAGUAAAUUAGACAGUUUUAUUAAACAAGCACCAAUUCAUGCAGUGAGAGCAUCCUGA